AUACUUAACUGAACAUUUUGUUUAAUUGUUCAAUAGUUAAAAGAAAAGUUAAAAGAAUAUUUAAAAGAAAAGAAACAUGUGUAUUGUCCCUAUCUAGCAAGCCCCGCCCUCAGAUAAUUUAAAAUAAAAACAAUAUGUGUAACCCUGGGUUACAACAAAGUAUUAGCCAAUCAAAAUGCACGAGGGGCGGGGCCAAAAAAAUCACAUGCAAAUGAGCUGUGACGUACGUGUUUUUGAACUCUUAGUCGUCGGUGUCGCGGGUUAGUUUAGUUUAGUUUAUUCCAGCGUUUAUUUUUACAAUUUUUCCUUAUUUUAGCCCGAAAAAAUCCAAAACUAGUAUUUAUUAUAUACAUAAUUUUAUUUAUUAGAUAACGUUUUUGAAGCGUUACUUUCCCUUAUUCCCAACCAGCUUCCACUUGGACAGCAAUGGCAGGCAGACGAGCUGCUUUCAAGCUGGCUACACAUGUUCCUCAUCUGCCUCAGCCAGAUGGACAGGCUCUUGAACAGGGCUUCACUCCCCGUCCACCUCAGUCAGGACGAAGGUUUGCUUUAAGGCCAGCUGAACCUUUUAGCACUAACCUCGUCCCUCAUCCACCUCAGCCAGAAGCAAAGGGGUGGAUAAAGUUUCCACCAAUUAAGAUGAACUCCUUCACAGGAAACACCUUUGAGGUCAGGAGGCUGAAGGAGGAGGAGCCAAAGUGGCUGGAUCGUACUGAAGGUCAGGCAGCAAACAGUAGGCUGUACAGUGUAUGUCCUCAGGCCAGUUACCAGACCUUCCUGCAGCCAACAUGGUCCGGAGAGCCUGCACGUUAUAAAUAUGUGCAGAGGAACCAGGUCCCAGAGCCUCACCUGGAAAACCCAUGUGAAACAAAGGGGCGGACCAGGUUUCCUCCUAUCAAAAUAAAUCCUUUCAAAGGACCAACUGAAAACCCAUUUGAGGUCAGGAGGCUGAAAGAGGAGCAGCCAAAGUGGCUGGAACGUACUGAAGCAUGGGCAGCUCACAAUAAGCAGUACAGUGGGCGUCUUCGCCCAGAGGCUCGCCUGGAAAACCCAUUUGCACAAGGCAUUAGACACAAAGAGGCACUCACCAACCUCAGCAGAAACAAGACAGAGUUGUUUCAGACUAAAACUGGCACCGUAAUGCCCCCAGUUAUGCCACCGGUGAGACCACCAGUGAGAUUGGUGCCACUGCAAAAAGUGACCCGAGGAAACGUCCAUUCUCCCUCUCGUUAAUUCAGCAUUCCUCCGCCUGCCUCUCCUCUUCCUCUCCCCUACACCCCCCCAAGUCCUCACCUUAUAUUACAAGAAGCAAUGCAAAAAAAAAACAGAAAA